AUGGAAACAGACAUCGAUCCCGCCUCGGCGGGCCAGGAAGAGCUUCGUCUCCUCGUGGGUGAUGUUAUUGAAUCGGCCAAAAUACCAGCCAAAACACGCGCGUCCAGUGUUAAGCCUACCAUCGCCAACCUUACCUCUCUUUCUUAUGAAUGGGGUCUCUUACCCGAGACUCUCGACAGUCUCAUCAACCUCGUUACAACACCAAAUCAUCUGGACCAAGCAAGCCAGGCUGCUAUCAUCAGAAACCUCUACCCCGUUGAAGCUGUCUCUCGAGGUUCUGUGCUUCGUGUCGUCUCUUGUCUUGGUCACGGGACGCUUAAGCCGUCUCUGACACUGCAGGCGGCUCUCAUCAAGUGGCUUAUUACAGUACACCACACUUUAGAGUCACCACAGGUGCUCUCUCAGGCGUACCCUGUUCUGUUCAAUCUCCUUAAUACUGCAGCCACUCGUCCCAAUUUGAGUCAUCUUCUUGCUCUUAUCACACGGCGCAAGCACGUUCGACCUUUUAGAAUUCAGGCUUUGCUUAACCUCUCAAGACAAACAGGAAACGAUCCUUCUUUGAUUGGUCUUCUAAGAGUCUUCAAAGACUAUUACCCAGAGGUUAUUGUGGGAGAGGUUGUUCGUGGCAAAGCGUUAUCCUUCAAGCAUCCCGAUCCGCAAUGGCGAGAUAGGUUAGACGAGAUUCAAGAGGCACACUUUUAUAAGUCACAAGAAGGCAUAUCUAAACCAAGAGAUGGUUUCCGUGUUCAUCGUCCUAUUGGUCGUGGUGCCCGAAACAAGACCAUUCCGCUUGUACACACGUCUCAUGUAACGGAGGACGCCGUCACACUUGAGGAAAUCGAAAAUGCAGUUGGCUUCGUCAAGAAUCUCGACAAGCUAGAACUGCCCAAUCAGCUAGUUGCUGUCUUAGCAGAUCCAUUGCUACAAAAGCUCAUGGUUCUGCGACCAAGCAUGGAGUCUGACCAAAGAAUAGCAAAUUGGCUCAGCUCAGCUCUUCAGGAUGUAAAAGAUGGCGAUGCGGAUGAAGCCACUUUCUUUGAGCUAUUAGAUAUUCUCCGAGACUAUGUCAUCUCGACCAAGACCUUACCUCCCGUCCUGCUCGACUUCUUUGCUGGGUUUCUUCCACUCUGGGACAGCUCUCAACACCGCGAUUCGAUGUUCACUAUCUUUUCUUAUUCCCCACUAAUUGAUUUCCAAAAACUAUACCAACACAUCCUCAAGCCUCUCGAGGAUGCCACAUUGGACAAUACCCCUGAAUCCCAACUGGCGGUCCUCAACUUAUACAAGCAUCUCCUCCAUCACUGGAUGGUCGUUCUUGAAUCCAGUGAAGCUAUACCGGAUAAUGCUAGUGAUGCUAUUACAGACUUGAUCCGGCACGUCAACCCUCUGGCUCUUAGCAUCGCCCAAACAUCCACCUCGGUCUCAGCACGCUCUGCCAUCCUUGACUUUUAUGAGCAAAACUCUCGACUCGUCAGCCACGAAACCUUGAAGCAUUACAUUCGAAUUGAGCUGCCGCCGUCUCAUCUCAUCUACAUACUCUUUUUUAGCAGUUCUGUCGCCAUUGUAUCGCGUAUUUGUGCCAUCCUCGCCUCGUAUAAGAAAGGAUUCGAGAUGGCCAUGUUAACAAAACCAAAGCGCGACGGAAGCAACCGUAUUGACUCGGCAUCAUAUAAUAGGGUUUUUGUGAGCCUUUUCAACGGGUAUCUUAUGGACAUGUGUAACUGCUUUUGGAGAGGCAAGGCCUUCACCGACAGCGACCCAAACGCACAAGGUUGCUUGGUCCCAAGAAGCCUUGUCCCAAAACUCUCUUCAUACGUGAAUGUUGUGGAUACAUCCCAAACUCUUACAUCACUAUUCUCACUAUCAUACUCGCCGCUCCUGUGCUUACAGAGCACUCGGUGUAUUCAGAGUCUCGAGAAUGCUGAGAUCAACAGUGACACACCCCUGCGUGUCAGACACGAGGGACCACCGACACAAAGCAGUCUUGGACAGCUGGCAAGUUCUGGCGGGAUCCGUAUUUCAUGGCAGGACUAUCGCAUCAAGGUAUUGGAGGAACUUAGCGCAAAGGAGCUCGCUGGUAUCACAGACCUCCUGAAGAACACAAUGACGAUUUUGAGAAAAUUGAUAGACGGCGAGGGAAGCACGAGACCAACCGCGACGCAAUGA